AAUAAGCUUUAUGUUUUUACCUCAGCCGAGAAUUCGGUCAGCAAUACGGUAGUACCAUUGGAGAAUCAGUGACGAGUGCAAUCUCAGGAUAGAUGGCUAUCUGGCACAGUAUAACAGGGGAUUGCGCGACUGUACGGUAUCCCUUCGCUCCAAGGAACGCGGUACUGACUUACUGCAGGCAAACGCGAUACCGGUACCAUAUUCCAGCAAUUAAUCCAGGCUAGUUACGCCUUAAACUUUGCGGUUACUAGGGGUGCGAUAUUAUUGCACGGGUAAUUAACUAUAUUACCAACGCCACAGAAACCGACGGGGGCCCCCGCCGGCACUUGCGAAACAUCGAAGACAUCAUACCCGGACACCCAGACAGCAGACGCCAAGGACCUGCCUUUUUGGUCCGGAUACCGCAACCACUCGGUUUAUAGAGACCGUUGCCAAGGGGUAUUGGCAAGAAUACUGUACAAGUACUAGUACCUGUACCGUACUGUACCACUUUCAGACCAGGUGAGCAUUACCCCAAUACUCGCUAGCCGAUUAGGAAGGGCAAUCAGGUUUUGUCUCUAGUACCGAUAUGAUAUUACCAGUAAUAGGUAUAAAUGGGGCACAUCCUCUUGGCCCCGUGACAAGCAAGAUAAUGCGAGUGUAAUCACCCUUCCCCCGACGUUUCUUGAGUAGAAUCAAGCCAAGCUGCGGAGGAAAUGAUCGGCAUUCAGGUACGAGUUCUCCACCUACCGUAUUCUACUCUAGUACGUUAUAGUGGACGGUCCCUCCAGCUUAUGCUUAUUUUUCCGAUGGAAACUAGGGGUGGGGUAAGAAAUUUGAAUUGAUCGGUCCAGUUGUACGAGGUGGUUGGGGGCACCCCAAACAGGAAGAGUCCCCGAAUGGCCCAUCCUCAAAAAGUAAGCUCCGCAAAAAAAACUCUUGGAAGUCCUCUCCCGUCCUUUGUAUGCCAUUACUGCGAGAUCCCCGGGCUCGAACAAGGGAGGGGACGACUAACAUGUGGGGCGGCGAGCAAUACACCAAAAAGUCCUGGCAGCAAAUUCCCAAAUCUGGCAAUGCUGUUCGCUGGCCCCUCCUGUUUGCCUCCUUCACUACCGUACCCGUAAGGGCUCUUGAAAUCCACCACCGUAUCUCUCCCAGCCCCGCAAUCUCCGGAUCCAGAGACAAAAAGCUACUGGGAGGGAGUAGCAUUUUCCCAACACGGUAUAAGAUUAACCCGCUAGACAUAUUGGAUCUCAUUAACCUGUAUUCUCAAUUCUGCCACCCUGUCAAACUAAACUUAUCGUGAGCUGACGGGCUGAUUUCCUCUGAUAACCUGACGGUGGAUUUCAAGCGAUCUGAAGGAUCGCAGCGGCCCACGGCGGUCUACUCAACCCCGCCAAUUAGUUUUCCGCGUGGCGUAUUGUCACCCUAGCUCAUCAUAUCACCCCCCCCCCCCCCCAAUCCGCCUUGGAUCCACAAAGCACUCGAGUACUAGCACAGAGCACACUCCCUGUUGGGAAACAGGAGUGUGUAGGGCAUUAAGUAAGCGCAAAAACGGGUGAUGUAAACCAUGCUGGUCAGGUAUACGCUUUUCGAAUGAGGGGAGAUAACAGGGCUAGGGCGAGCCCAUUCAACGACCCACUAUAAAUGGACCAGCAUCCCCCAGAUUACCCUCCCGGAUUUCCUCAGAACCCCAGUCUCCUUUGGCAACCGGUCUACCUCCCGUGCUCCCUUUUCUUCCACAAGAUACCAACCCGACUUUGAUCCUCAUUCCCACACGGGUGACCAACCACCUCGACGAUGGCGGGGCCUUCACGGAGAGCUAGAGUCGCCAAACAUUUGAAAGAAAUCUUCACAACGGGCGAAGGUCAAUACAUCAAUGAGCAGGGUGAAUACGUCUAUGGUAAACUACCAAGGACUAAAGCAGAAAAUCCCUUCAGAACGUUCAGAAGGCCAACUCUUAUGAGUGAGCACCCUACCCCCACCUUACGUUAUCACAGCUAUUAACCGUAUCCGAAUAGACUAUGUCUACUUCUUCGUUAGUCGCUAUGGACCCUUUUCCGAUUGAAAUUUUUGCUGAAUGGGUUUCAACAGGUGGGAUGGAUGGCGUGGACCAUGGACGGCUACGAUUUCCACACAGUCUCGCUAUCCAUAUCCCGUCUCGCGACGUUUUACGGUCAGCACAGGGAGCACAUUUCAACAUCAAUCACUCUGACGUUGCUCUUCCGUUCUCUGGGCGCCGCCAUUUUCGGCAUAGCUGGUGAUCUCUACGGGAGGAAAUACCCCAUGAUUGCGAACUUGAUCCUCAUUGCCGCCCUCCAGCUCGCAACAGCUUACUGCGCCACUUUCAAUCAGUUCCUGGGUGUGCGCGCUCUUUUCGGUGUUGGAAUGGGUGGUAUUUGGGGUUUGGCAGCUUCUAUGGGUCUCGAGAGUAAACACCCCAGCUAUCGUCCAUGUUUGGGUGGAUAGAGUUAAGAACCUGCUAUCAGAUAUGCCCAUGGAAGCUCGUGGACUUUUUUCAGGAAUCCUUCAGCAGGGUUACGCCCUCGGCUAUCUUAUCGCCGCCAUAUUCAACCUCUACGUCGUCCCCAAAUCUCCCUACAGCUGGAAGGCCCUCUUUUUCAUCGGUGCGGGUUUAACAGUCGCCGUUGCUAUCGCCCGUGUAUUCUUUCCCGAAUCCAAGCAGUUCAUCGAGGCAAAGAGAAGCGGAGAACAGGCAACAGGGAGGAAGAAGGUUAAGCUUUUCUGGCAGGAUGGAAAGAGCAUCAUGAAAGAAUACUGGAAGAGAGCUCUUUACGCCGUCGUCAUGAUGAGUAUAACCCCCAUGAAAUAUUGUUCUUGCAGACCACCCACUAAUAUCGAACAGCCCUAUUCAAUUUCAUGUCCCACACCUCGCAAGAUAUGUACCCGACCUAUAUGCAACAGACUAAAGGAUUCAGUCCCGAAAUGUCCUCCAAGGCCACAAUCAUUGCCAAAACCGGAGCCCUUGUUGGCGGCACGGUCAAUCCACCCCUUCCAGUCAUUUCCCGCACCAAAGAGCUAACAUGGUGUAGAUCUGUGGACACUAUUCACAAUUCUUUGGUCGCCGAGCAACCAUCAUGGCGGCUACCUUCUGCGGUGCCUGCCUGAUUCCAAUGUGGGUCGUUCCAUCAAGUUGGGGUACACUCACAGCCGGCGCCUUCCUCCUCCAAUUCAUGGUCCAAGGUGCAUACGGUGUCGUUCCCAUCCAUCUUCAAGAGCUCUCCCCACCCCAAUUCAGAUCCUCCUUCCCGGGAAUCGCAUAUCAAGUAAGCAGGCGCAAUCCAUCUCCCCCCCCCCCCAAUCCCCCUAGCUAACGCUGAGGAAAAAAAAAAAAAAGCUUGGAAACAUGAUCUCAGCACCUGCAGCUCAAAUUUCCUCCGUCAUCUCCGAAGGUUGGAUCAUCCACGUCAAUGGGGAAGAGCGCCCGGACUACGCGCGCACCCAGGCCGCCAUGAUGACGGUCAUCUUCUCCCUCCUCUGCUUCUGGACGGCGUGCGGCAGUGAGCAGCGUGGAAGUCACUUUGAACUCGCCGCCGCCGCCGGUGGCAUCGGUGGCCACAGCGACAAGCUACGCGAAUUGGAGAAUUUCGAAAUGCAGGACCCCCCCUCUGCGAAGCAGGGGGGUGUCAGGGAGAUUAUCGAGGGCCAACGCUCCAAUGCGUGAGGUGAGGGGGGGUUAAAUGAGUAUCGUAUCGUCUGGUGGUUGCUAGGAAUGGGGCUAGCUAGACUAGUUAAAUAAAGUUUGGAUCAAUAAGUUAGGCCAGAAAGUUGCCGCUCUCUUGAGAUAAAUUCGGCCAAGAAGUUAGAAGAGGUAUCGGGAGGGGGUGGAGUGUGUAUUUCAUUACGAGUUUUUCCUUUUACUUCACGAUUGGAUUAUAAAAGUUCACGAGGCUAUAUCCCCUCAGCACACGCACAAUGUAUAAUAUCACGAAAAUUUAUGAGGCAUAUCACAAGGCCGAAGAAGAAGAAGAAGAAGAGCCCUCUAAACCCCCCCGCCCAUCCACAUCCUCAAAGCAAGCGGCAAACCAGCGCACAAUCUCGCUAACCAUCUCGGAAGUGCACUCAUGCUUAACCCCCUCAUACACAACAUCCUCAACAUCCAACUCCAACUCCCCACUGCGGACAGCCGCCUUGACCUCCGUCAGGAAGGGUUCUGAGCAAGAACGGUAAGGCACAAGCCUGUCAGCGCCCCCACUCAACGCCAACAACCUCUUCCCCUUCCAAA